CGACUUUGAGACAAGCGUGACACGACUCGACGUUUUCAGCAACAACGACGGAAGUGUUCUGCGGACUGCGGCCAUUUCUUACGCCGUCGAUCUUAAUACAGUUAGUUUCAGUGUUUGUUAGACAAGGUAUUUUAUUUUUGUAAACAGGAUACAAUUCUGUGGUUUCUUGACUGGCUCACUCGCCAGUUGAAUCUCUUAAGAAUGGACCCAACAAGUCGAUACCAAGUGCUGCACAACGAGGAUGACUCUGCUGAGGCUUCUGGCAGUGAGCAGCAACCCUGUGCCGCCACCCAGGCUGGAGCGUCGCAUGACCAAAGUCAGACACAGAGCAUUGUCCUUCCUGCCCCUCCACCAGCGGAGGCUGCAGGGGCAGAUGCACCUCCGCCCCCUUACGCCUCCAUUGACCUGGGUGCAACUGCAGCUGUGCCUGAGACCAGUUUCCAAAGUGACUUCCCAGUGCCACCACCCUAUAGUGUGGCCACUUCGUUGCCCACAUACGAUGAAGCAGAAAAAGCAAAAGCCGCCUCCAUGGCUGCUUCCACUGUGGAGGUUAUCUCACGGGAGGAUGAAUUUCUUCCCAGAGAUGAUUUUAGUGAUGCUGACCAACUGCGAGUUGGGAAUGAUGGAAUCUUCAUGCUGGCCUUUUUCAUGGCCUUCCUGUUUAACUGGAUCGGCUUCUGUUUGUCCUUCUGUUUGACCAACACCAUUGCAGGGCGCUACGGCGCCAUUUGUGGCUUUGGCCUAUCUCUUAUCAAGUGGAUUCUCAUUGUCAGGUUCUCGGACUACUUCACUGGCUACUUUAAUGGUCAGUACUGGCUUUGGUGGAUCUUCCUGUUGCUUGGUCUUCUGCUGUUCUUCAGAGGUUUUGUGAACUACUUAAAGGUCCGCAACAUGUCAGAGAACAUGGCCUCUUCACACAGAACACGCCUCUUCUUCCUGUAUUAACUCGGGUCAGCCCCAUCACCAUUCCGUUCCAUUGAGAUGCCCGACAACAACCACCCACCCCCACCCUCGAAUGACCUGCCAGGCCAUUGUUGCAGUGAAGAGGAAGCAGGGCAGCAAAGUAAAUAUAGGGAGAAAGGUAUAGUUGAAUGCAUAGCAAAUAGAUGUAGAUUUUCUCCACAUAGCAGUGUGCCGGUCAGCCAAUGAACAUCUGAUCAAGUCUUACUCCAUCCAGGAUGUAGCACUUUCACCUCAGUGGGACUAGUGCCUCCAUCCUUAUUAACACCUUAGUCACUUAUACUUUGAUCAAUUUUAAACAAUUUAUAAAUGUGCAUAUAGGACCAGGUUAGACAUCCUGUGGUGGCUUCCUAUACACAGCUGAAAAUUUGAUUCUUGGCAACAGCCAGUUGAAUUAAACCUAAUCCUUUUAAUCUUAAAGUGAACAAAAUAGCAUUUUAGCAUGUCUGAGCCAAAUGGGCAACAGGAUGAAUUUGAGGAUUUUAUUCCUGUCCUAUGCAGCAACAGCCAGAUAAUUAUACUGCAGGAGGGCUACUAGUGUUGUCAUUUCUGAUAGUAACAAAAAGAAAGCUAUCUAACCUUAAGCAGUGGUCAUGGUUGUUCUCACGGUUGAUCGAGCACAGCCUAUCAUCAGUGUAUCGUUAAAGUUGAACCAAAAUCAUUGUUGUGUUUUGUUUCUAUUACAUUAAAUAUCUUUGAAGGUAAGUGUUGAAAACGUGCAAAGACUGAAAACAAUUUAGUACUGAAGUGUUGAGAUAUAAAAAAACAGUUUUCAUCAUCUCAGUAGGCCGGAGUUUUUGGACAGGGCUAAAAAUUAGACCCCUGACGUCAUGGGGCUGGGGUGCAUACUUUCUAGUAUGAGGCCCUCCCCCAUGAUAUAAACACCAAGCGCCCUUAUUCCAUGCUGUGGCCAUUUUCCAGAAUUGCCACUUCCUCAUUAAUGAUAACCUUACCCAGCCUGUACUACCAGUAUCGCAUGCAAUUGGCCAUCAAUCAAACCGCAUCGGCGGCCCCUUGACAACUUGACGGCGGGAGGUCCGGCACCCCAGUGUUCGGGCCGUCAGCCUCAGAGUCGUGGGACGAGGAGGAGGGGGAGGGGGGGAACAAAUCAUCCAAGUGGAGUGGCGCGAUACUGUGGCCGCUUAUGGUGCUCCCUUUGGUGGCCACAGAAGCAUGUUGUACCGCUGAAUUUCAAAGGAGGGAAAAUUGUCCCGAUGGUGUGACUACUGGUAAUUAUGCCAGUUCAGAGGCUGCAUCUCUGCAACCUGUGAUAGCGUGUGCAAUGUCCGUUGCUGGUAGUUCUCCUGUCCAUGUUAGGAGCCAUGAAAAAAGGCAUGUAUUUGAUUGACAAUUGAAAGCUCCAGGGAGAAGGAGUUUUCAGAGCAUUUAGUGACACGCCCACAGCGUCUGCAAGCUGAAAGAAUGUCUCAAUUCUUGACCAUUUUGAAACCUGAUUUCACAUACUUUGCGAUUUAUUUAUUUUUCCAUUUAUUUUCUGGCUUGUUAACAAGACUCUUUUCUGUAAUACGUUAAAUUUACAAGACAGUUUUUGGUCUGUUUGGUUCAACUUUAAGAUAAAAAAAAUGCAGUUUUACAAAUCCUAUGCAAUGUAGUUAUUUUGAGUUACCUACAAUAACAGUUGUGGAUAAUAAAAGUCAUAAUUGCAAUCGAGUACUGAUGCAGAAGGUUGGCUAUAUGACUAAAAAUGUGACCGGCCAUGCAUUUACACGGAUGGUUCUUUGUGGUUUUAUAACUAUUUAAAUGUCCGUCCUUUCUUUUCAUGGAAGUGUUUUGUGGCAAUGGGAACACCCCAAAUGGCAUGAACUGCUAAUAUUUGCUAGUUUGUAAUAAAAAACCAGAGAUGCCAUUGUUCAGUGUAAUCACAGCAAGUGGUGAGAGCUGAGCCCAACUGGACAAAGUAAACCUGAAAAUGAAAUGUAAAUACCAGCUUAAUACCAAUUCAUAUUUGCACUUUGAACUUCUGUACAGUAUAAUUUGUGAAUCUGCUUAACUUGAUGUGGUGGUGGAGCAGUAAAAAAAAAAAAAAAAAAAUUUAAACUGCUUUCCAUGUUUUUCAACUUGAAUUGUUCAUGUGAAAUACUGCUGUUUUUUUCAUUUCCUUUGCACUUUUUCUUUUAUCAUCUGAACUGUUUUAAGUAUUUGCCGAAUUCUUAAUCGCCUCCCCCCCCCCCCCCCCCCCCCUCCUCAGCCUUUUCCAGCAGUACCCAAAUUUGCUGCAUGAUUUACGUGCUUAAAUGAUUAGCAGGGAUAUCAGGAGUCCACAGUUUAUUAACAAACCCAUGAACCAAUACAAAGAACAAAUGAAAUAAAAUGGCAGUCAUUUUGUUCUUGCUUUCGCAAAUGUAACCUGUCAUUUAUUGUGACUGGAAUUAUGUUGGAAAUUGCCAAUAAAGUUUGAAAAUAUA